AUAUUCAUAUGACAAAUUGUGUUGAUUUGCAAAAGGUUACGAUAAAAGUAAGUGAAAUAUCAAAUAAUUGAAAAACAGACUCCAUGUCUCUUAUGGGCCAUCGUAGGAACGAUACAUUUUUCAAAAUUAGACACAUUAGUCAUAUUACACAUAAUUAUUAUUAGACACAAUAAACUUUCCACUCACCAUUCACCUGUACACUUGAACCGAAAGUAGAUCACGUGACCCACACACAGACCUGUACAUUCUCAGCGGUAACUCAGUAAACAGUUCGGUUCGUGUCUGUUUUCCAGAUAUUGAUAAAAUGGCGGCUGUGAACGUACAACAAGCUGAAAGUACGUCAGGGUUUGUUGACAACUGGCAAGCGGGGAAGACCCUCGCUCAAUGUAAUCUACGCAUGUUGGAUGUGGAAGAGUUUUGUGACGUCACAUUUCGUGUGGGAAGUACAGGUCACGUGAUUAAGGCCCAUCGCUACGUGCUCAUCAGCAGAAGUUGUGUGUUCCACGCCAUGUUUACCGGCCCCCUGGCGGAGACGUCGGAAGUCAGUGUUCCGGAAAUAGAGCCUGAGGAUUUCAGACAGUUUCUCUUAUACCUUUACACAGACAACACAACUGUUGAUGCUGACAACGUAACAGCUCUACUGUACGCCUCCAGAAAAUAUGCCAUCACCGCCUUAGAAUCCCAAUGUCUGGAGUUCCUGGAGAAACACCUCAACGUUGACAACGCCUGUGUGAUUCUAGAUGCUGCUCAUCGUUUUGAUCAAAGCCAGUUGUUUCAGAAGGCCUUGACCUUGAUUAAAGAUACAGGUGAGAGGUCACUACAGUCAUCUGGUUUCCUGACACUGAGCCAAGUGUUGUUGCAUCAGAUUGUGGAGUCAGAUGAUUUGUUAGCCGAGGAGCACGUCAUCUUUAACGCCGUUAACCGCUGGGCAGAGGCAGAGUGCAGACGUCAGGGAAGGGAGGUAACUCCUGAGACAAAGCGAACGGUUCUUGGCGAGACUUUUUUUAAAGUCAGAUUUCCUCUUUUGAAGCAAAUGUUUAUGGUUAAGGACGUUAAAGCUAGCGGUCUUUUGACUGAACCAGAGCGCCUCAGCAUCUUGGAAUAUUGUGUAUGCCCUGACAAUGAUGUGAAACCCUUCAACACUAAGCAGAGAAAACAAAGAACCGCAUAUUCCAUAACUAGGUUUUCAACACAGUGUGUAGGCUGGGGUGUUUCGUGUAAUGCUCAUGAUGCCAUUUCCUUCCAAAGUGACCGAAACCUGAUGCUCUGUGGAUACAGCCUGUAUGGGCCUGCCUAUGAGAGUACACCCUCUACCUACUUUGUCACCACCUACUUUGGGAACGAGGAAGAUGUUCUCCAAUGCAAGAUUCAAGAUAAAACUGAGUACAAAAUCAACAGUCAAGUGUUUGAUGUGAUGUUUGAGAAGCCUGUUGCUAUGACAGCGGGAGUAUGGUAUACUCUGGCAGUGCUGAUAGAAGGCAAUGAUACGUUGCGAGGACAAAAUGGAAAGGAAGAGAUUUUAUGUGCUGACGGUGUUCGUUUUACCUUCAGGAAGUCAAAACACAGCAAGAAUGGCACUAGCGUCGAAGGAGGGCAGAUUCCAUCUCUCCUCUUCCGUGUUGCAUGAACAUUAACAUCCAGGGGACAAUACCUUAAAUAUAUUUUCUUUUACAAGUGUCAUCAAAAUAAUCGUCAUUGUGGUUCGCAUUUUCGUUACCUCACUUACAGCCUAUUUCAAAUUUCCUCUCUCUAGAAUAUUGUACAUGCAGAGGCUUAUACCUCCCUUACACCACGUCCAAAACCUGAAUCAGACUGCAGUAUUUGUGUCGCGAUCUGCUGACGUGUUGUCAGUAAAUAGUAAUUCUGGAUACUGAGUGAAUAGCAAUAUAAUGACGGUAAUAAAAUAAUGUCACUUGAGAAGCCAUUCGUGACCAACUCGUGUUAUUCCGGGACAAGCCGAAUAGCGACUCGUGCCCAUCUCGUGGCCAUUUUAGCGACUGGGUUCCGUCUUAUCACAAACAAGCAUACCUAAAACAAUUGUCAACUCGUUGCGUAAUGGUUCACACAUUUCCCCAUAUGAACCGAGUACAAAGGCAACAGUCAAGUGUUUGAUGUGAUGUUUGAGGAGCCUGUUGCUAUGACAGCGGGAGUAUGGUAUACUCUGGCAGUGCUGAUACGAGGCAGUGAUACGUGGGAAGGAUACAGUGGAAAGAGAGAGAUUUUAUGUGCUGACGGUGUUAGUUUUACAUUCAGGGACUCAAAACACAGCAACAAUGGCACUUACGUCGAUGGAGGGCAGAUUCCAUCCCUCCUCUACCUUGUUGCAUGAACAUUAACAUCCAGGGGACAAAUCCUUAAAUAUAUUUAAAUUAUAUAUAUAUUCUCUUACAAGUGUCAUCAAAAUAAUCGUGUUAUACACAUUUUCGUUACCUCACUUACAACCUAUUUCAAAUUGCUUCUCUCCAGCGUAUUGUACACGCAGAGGCUUACACCUCCCUUACACCACGUCCAAAACCUGAAUCAGACUGCAGUAUUUGCGUUGCGAUCUGAUGACGUUUUGUCAGUAAAUAGUAAUUCUGGAUACUGAGUGAAUAACAAUAUAAUGACGGUAAUGAAAUAAUGUCACUUGAGAAGCUGCACACUUUCCAACUUAAAAAAAUAACAAUGUUUCACAUCAGUUGUUUCUGCAGAAAAGUGAAAAGAUUAGAAAUCAUCUUCCAAGUUAAGUGCUUUUCCACAUGUGAUCGUAUAGGCCAAGCUGGCGUCACUGUUUACUUAUAGUCGUGAGAUAUGACGGAACAUAUUUGUGCAAAGUACAUUGAGAAGAAACAUUAAGAAUUAAGUGGAACCGUGUACGUCCAUUAUAUCCUCUUUAUAUCCUAUUUAUAUCAGUGAUAAAAGUCAUAGCACUUUGUACAUAGGUCAUGGUUAGAUGGUGUGCGUUCCAUCAAAUAUGCUUAAAUGCAUAUAGGCCGAAGUAACACUUGGAAAAAUAAAUAAAUAAUAUACAUGUAAUUAGCAGUAGUCUCCACAAAAAUUCCCUCUCACACCCUGUGCAUAACAGAUGCUAUUAUAUCUGAAUAAAAGUGACAUACUGCAAAAGUAGAGUCGACUUA